UAAGGUGGGAAAGAGUCUAAGAGGGAUAAAAGAGGCAUGCGUGGAACUGUCCCGAUUCGAAAAUACGGGAGACAGGACUGUAAAUAUCAUUUCAGCCGGUAUUGAAACUGAAGUAGUAGGACUGGCUGUAGGAGAAGAGAGUGGCUGCAGCCUACACAAAAAAAGAGUGAACGUAUAGGCAUGAAAAUAAUUCAUGGGAGUCUCCUAUUAUGGUACCUUCUACUUCCUCUGACCUCCUUUUUGGGAUGCACUUUGGGUCUUAACCGUACAGAUUUUCCAGCUGGUUUCAUUUUUGGAGCCGCCUCCAGUGCUUACCAGUACGAAGGAGCCGCAUAUCAAGAUGGAAAAGGGUCCAGCAUAUGGGAUACUUUCACCAGCGUACAUCCAGAAAAAAUUGCGGACCAUAGCACGGGGGAUAUAGCCGAUGAGUUUUAUUAUCUUUUCCAGGAGGACAUCGCUCUGAUGAAAGAAAUUGGUUUAGACUCCUUUAGGUUCUCCAUCUCAUGGUCCAGAAUACUACCAAAGGGAAAAAUUAGUGAGGGAGUGAACCAGCAAGGCAUCACAUUCUACAAUAACCUCAUAAAUGAGCUCUUAUAUCAAGGUUUACAACCUUUUGUAACUCUAUUUCAUUGGGAUCUUCCUCAAGCUCUCGAAGACGAGUAUCUAGGAUUCUUGAGCCCAAACAUUGUGAAUGAUUAUCAAGACUAUGUGGACCUCUGCUUCAAAGAAUUCGGUGAUAGAGUGAAGUUUUGGGUCACAUUUAAUGAGCCAAAUGAUUUUGCUAGUGGAGGGUAUGCAACAGGUACUGAGGCACCUGGUCGAUGUUCUAACUAUAUCGGAAACUGUAGCUUUGGGAACUCGGCAACGGAACCCUAUACAGUGGGCCAUCACAUGCUUCUUUCUCAUGCAAUUGCUGUAAAAUUGUACAGGGAAAAGUAUCAGGCUUCACAAAAGGGGAACAUUGGGAUUGUACUAGCUUGUUACUGGAUGGUGCCCAAAUUCCAAACAGUUGCUAGCACUGAUGCUGCCUUUAGAGCCAUUGAUUUUAUGCUUGGAUGGUACCUUCAUCCCAUUACCUUUGGCAACUACCCUGAGACCAUGCGAUUAUUGGUGGGGAAUCGACUGCCCACAUUUUCUGUAUCGCAAUCUGAAAUGCUAAAGGGGUCUUUUGAUUUCCUAGGAGUAACUUACUACACAGCAAGAUAUGCAGAUGAUUCUACAUCUUCUAGCAGUGUCAACCUAAGUUACACAACGGAUAGCCACGUAAAUCUGACCACGGAAAAAGAUGGCCUUCCUAUUGGUCAACCUACCGCUUCUGGCUGGCAAUACGUUUAUCCCAGAGGGCUUCUAGAACUACUUUCAUACAUAAAUAGAAAAUUCAACCAACCACUUAUUUACAUUGCAGAAAACGGAGUUAAUGACAAUGCCUCAUUGCCCAUUCAAGAUGCACUCGAUGAUAGUUUGAGGAUAAAUUUCCACCAUAGCCAUCUAUCAACUCUUUUAAAGGCUAUUAAGGCAGGGGUUGACGUGAGAGGAUACUUUGUGUGGUCAUUUCUCGAUAAUUUCGAAUGGGAAUCUGGUUAUACUCUGCGGUAUGGCAUGACUUACGUAGAUUACAAAAAUGGAUUGAGAAGAUACGUCAAAAACUCGGCUUUAUGGUACAAAAAUCUCCUUCGAAAGGAAAACAUAACGAGAAGGCUACCUUUAUUGUACACUGUGUGGUAAUCAAAUUAAUAGCGAGUGAUUUGUUGUAUGGGGAUGUAACUUUUGUGAUCUGUUCACAGUUUAAUCAUAUAUGUCAUUGAGAAUUUCAGCAUGUAUUUAUUAAUGAUGAAAAUCAGUUGUAUAAA